AUUAUACCCUUCAGCCCCUUCUCCAAGAAAAUGAAGAAAUGUAUCCGCCAUUGAAAAACCUUCUUGAAUCCUAACACACCGAUAAAUCCCUAAAACCCUAAACUUGAAGGGAAAUUUCAUAGCAAUGGAUCACAUAGCAGCAGCAGAAGAGAGGCUGGUGAAUGAGCGUAUGAGGCAGAAGCUCAACGAGGUCAAUGCCGCUGCUCAGUCGCAUCUCGCCGGUGUACAAGACCACAUCAAUUUUACCCUCCAGAAAGCUUACUUCAAGUGUGCGUACGAGUGCUUCGACAGGAGUAAGAAGCAGGACGAGAUAAACAAUUGUGUGGAGUACUGCAGCGCUCCUGUUCUCAAUGCUCAGAACUUCGUCGAAAACGAGAUGGCAAACUUUCAAGAAAAAUUGAACAGAUCUUUGAAGGUAUGUCAAGACAGAUAUGAGUCAGCGAAGCUCCAGCCCAACAGCAACAAUGCCAUGAAAGGCUUGGAAUCAUGUGUCGACUCGUCUAUUGAUGACAGCAUCAAACUGCUUCCACACCUAGCUCGAAAAUUGAAGGAAUAUCUUGCAGUUACGGAUUAGCAACAACUUUACCAUUUUAUAAAGCCGGUAAUCGACCCUUUGUGAGGUAAAUCAACUUGCUGUGAGAUGAAGCGAUACUCGAAUGAAUCAACUUAUACACAUUUGUAUUUCCCAGGAACCUGAAGUUAUUCGAUAAAAAAAAGUGCAGUAGACAAUAACACAAUUUUCAUUGUAACUAGAAAUCAACAGGGGAGCUUUUGCCGAGAUAUUUAUUCGAGUUAGGCAAUUAUCGCUUGUAUCAAGUGCAACUUUUUCAUGCAUAGACAACCUCGGACUAACGGGGCAAUAUCAAAAAACACAUACCACUAUGUAAUACUUGCUAUAGAAUGAAAUUAUUCAAAUACCAGA